AUGGAGAAAUUAAACACUGGGGAUGGACAACUUUUUAUCAAGAAUGUCGCUAGCUACGUUCGAACUCACGAAAAAGCGCUGGCCAAUGCGCUCCAGCUUCGCCGGCAACCUACCAAAAAUGCCAUACCACAAUCUCCCAGUGGGCCUUUGACUCCGAGUACUUCCUUUGCUUCGACCUCAUCAACCCUAGCCGCAGCCUUCUCAUCCGCCGCUCUCAAAUUCAUGUCACAAAAUGCCAAAACCGCCAAACUGACAUUGACUCCCCACCACCUAUUCUACCUCCUUUCCCGAUUCGAAGAACUCAGCAUCGCUGUGGGCCCUAUGAACAUCCGACUGGAGAACAUUCACACCGAGGUUUCGCAGUCCUAUGUUUCCUUCCUUAAUAAACCCCAACGCUCCAGGGGGGAUGGAGCCUCGAUCCAUUCUGUUUCCAGUGUUCGUAGUGUUAUGUCCGGUAUGACUGAUCUCUGGUCAUCUUUCCGCAUUGGAUCAAAGGAUACCCCGUCCAAAUCGGAUAGGGCUAAGGCUGCCUUGGAAAUGGACCUGAAGUACCUAUACUCUGCCUUCACCAAGAUCCCAUGUCUCAGGCUUGCCCCGGACCAUCGCGCUCCUUUGAUCAGUGGAUAUGAAGAGUUUCCCUUCGAUACGGCUGUGCCGUUGCAUUCUUUCAAGAACUUGAGCGCUUUAGAGAUUAUUGAUUUAGAUUACCGUUCUUUCUAUGGAUGGGACCGAUUAUCUGAGCAGUUGCGCACCUUGACCCUCAAGAGGGCGCAUUUGGAGGACCCUGCCGACCUUUUGACGAGAAUUGUUUUGGACGACAUCGAUAAGCGAAGACGACGAUCUGCCAAGUCCCAACAGUCGCCAUCAUUGGGCUGGACCAGCAGCUCCAGCACGCAACCAGUUCACACUCCCAACCAAGCCAAUUCGCUCUCGGCGCCGGGAUCCCCUGUGAUGGAGACACCUUUUGGAACUAGCACUAGCCCCAAGUCACACUCGAUGAUUCGAACGGGAUCGGAAGGUGCCAAGAGAGCUGGAAGCACAUCGCCAACUCGUCCGGCCACGAAGCAUGGCCACCGCCGAGGCCAGUCUCGACAGAUCAGACGAACAGGAUCCGCAAGCUCGGAGUCUAGUGAUCUGUCUCGCAAUGGAAGCUCUUCGAACUUGCUCGCAGAUGUCCUAUCACCAUCGAAGUGGCGAUUCUUGCGACACCUAGGUCUGCCAGAGAACUCACUGACGUCCGUCUCUGCGGCCAGUCUCGCUCCGGUGGCGAACAGUUUGAACUCGCUUGAUCUGUCUUCGAACCUCUUAACUGAGAUUCCCGACGGAUUGGCCUCCCUAGUUGCUCUGAGAGCACUCAACCUUUCGCAUUGCAUGAUUGAGUCCCUCCACUCACUCACCCGCAACCCUCUGCCUGCAAUCACUGUGCUCACACUCCGCGGAAACCGCUUGCGCUCACUCGCGGGUGUUGAACGUUUACUCUCUUUGGAAAGAUUGGAUCUUCGGGACAACAACCUGACGGACCCGACAGAGAUUGCACGACUCACAAGUCUCCCUGAGAUACGGGAGAUUUGGGUGUCUGGUAAUCCUUUUGUCAACACUCACUCUGGAUAUCGAGUUGUAAUCAUGAACCUCUUCCGUCGGACUCCUGGUUAUUCCGAGGAUAUCAUCAUUGAUGGCAGAGGGCCGGGGUACACUGAGAGGAAGCAGCUCGUUGAGCGAGUUGCAGAGCCUCAAGCUGCACCGGUUGUGCGCAGCACUCAAGCAGAUGAAUCGACCUUCGUGCAAAAGGCCGCUACUAUUUCCAAAGUACCUCAUGAUCUUGCGGCCUUCCAGCCUCAGGAAGAUGAGCGGGAUUUGCACAUUCAUGAAACCCAAAAAGAAAGUGACGGAGGCACCAACCGUCGCAAGAAAUCUCAGCGACGCAGAAUAGUCGACAUCUCGGUCGAGAACCCAUUCAGCGCGGAUGGAUUGGGCAUUCCAGGAAGUGCAACCCUUCCUGCUCUCCCUGUCCAGCAAAUACCAACCCCGGCCCAACCCUCCAUCCAACCCCCAACCGACGGCCCUGUUGAUCAGCCUUGGAGGAUCGACAGCGGACAGCAAGCCGAAUCUUCCAGCAUCAAAAAAAGCCCACCUAAGCAUAUACACUCACCAAGUCCUCCUCUUGUCCAGCCUUCACCAGGCAAAGACAGGACCAUGGACGAAGAGUUCUGCCGCCAGCAGUUAGAAGUCCUCCGCCAGGACGUGGGCCAUAACUGGCUCACUGUUCUCGGAGAAAAUGACUGGGAUAACUCCCACAAAGACUUCGCUCACAGCUCGGGGGCAGGUUUAGAUCAUUCCGCUCACAUCUCCACCCCACCUAUCACCCGCUCCAACACCCAGGCCAUCCUGAGCGGACAUGCGCUGAGCGGAUAA